AUGGCGGACGCAAAUGACGUCAGUUUUAACUUCCUCCCAGACGAAGGGAGGCCUUACAAUAGCAACUGGGACAAAACGUUAAAGGAAACGUUUCGCGCGACGGAGAGAGAUAAUCAGGGUUGGAGUGACUUGGGCGCAACUGAAUUACAGGCACGUGAGAACGGCCGUCGCAAUGCUAGAAAUGGGCCCGACUUAAAUGACCAAGGCUCGUCUAGGUCACAUUCGCGUGAAAUUGAACGCGGUGUUACUAUAGAAAAAGGCCCAAGCGGAACUGAUGAUGAUCAUAAUCCUUACGGAUUUCUUUCACUUGGUGCCACUAAAGCUCAACCCACAGGUAUGAGGGCUGAUAAUCAGGCACUCGACAAGUUACGUGCAUCAAGACGGCAGCCUGAUUUACAAUCACCAAACCGCCUGGAGGAUUUACGGGCAUCUAGACAGGCGGGCUUUGGCCGAGCUUCCAGGAAAGACAAUCUUCGAGAAACUGAUUCAGAAACAAGCGGUCCCUCCGUAGACCGCAAGUCCCAAGGGCGCUCGAACAUUAGCGCGAGCGGGAACAACGUAGCGAGCAGUGGGCGCGGUCUCCGGAGAACGGAAAUCGAGCCGAUGAGGCAGACGGUACUGAGCACGGUAACGGAGCGGACUGAAGAUGACGUCAUUCGAAGGACGCGGGAGAGCGCCCUUCCAGCCCGGGGUCCGGACAAUCCCGACUGGAAAACCAUGAUCGUAGAGGAGAAUUACCUAUGGGACUGGAAGAACAUGUUCAAUAAGUUAGAAGUCAAUGCCGUUAGAGGAUUAUCUCAACAGACGUUGGUUGGUUGUGACAUAUCGAACCUAAGUAAAGGAAGUGUCAUUGUUUACUUCUCGUUGUUCUUAAAAAUGUCAACGAAGCAAGCGGUUUUAUCCGACACAGAGGUCAAGGUCGCCCUUGGACUCGCCCCCACCCAGGAGCAACAGGUCAUCGUGACCCUUGGAAGUAAAGGAAGUGUCAUUGUUUACUUCUCGUUGUUCUUAAAAAUGUCAACGAAGCAAGCGGUUUUAUCCGACACAGAGGUCAAGGUCGCCCUUGGACUCGCCCCCACCCAGGAGCAACAGGUCAUCGUGACCCUUGGAAGGUUUGAGAUCAACGCGACCUCAGUGGUGGUGUUGCAAGUCAGCGUUGUCAACACGCAAGAUAAUACCAUACCUAAUCUUAAUUGUGGUGGCGCACCCAAAAUUGUAAACGCAGCCGCGAGACACAAAAACUCCUCAUUCGGCGACCAUCUUAACAUCACAUGUGAAAACGGAUUUGAGAUUGAGGCUAAUAAAACCCACGCUACAUUAACAUGUUCACAACAUGGGUCGUGGGGUGAAUUACCGCGAUGCAACCCUGUUAUGUGUCCGGAGUUUAAUCUACCACCUAACACGACAUCGCUUGAAUCUCGUGUGAACAAGACAUUUGGGAAUGUGAUAUCUUACAAGUGUAAAGUCGGUUUUGAAAUGGCCGGAAAUCAAUCCAGCGUCGAAUGUCAGGCAAAUAAAACCUGGACAAAAGGGUCUGAAUGUCAGAUUGUUCGAUGCCAGGAGUUUGUUCUACCACCGAACACAACAUCGAAUGAGUCUCGAAUUAACCGAACGUUUGGAGAUGUGGUAUCUUACACGUGUCAAGUCGGCUUUGAAAGGACCGGAAAUGAAUCGAGCGUUCAAUGUCAGGCAAAUAAAACCUGGACACAAUGGUCUGAAUGUCAGAUUGUUCGAUGCCCGGAGUUUGUUCUACCACCGAACACAACAUCGAAUGAGUCUCGAAUUAACCGUACGUUUGGAGAUAUGGUAUCUUACACGUGUCAAGACGGUUUUGAAAUGACCGGAAAGGAAUCAAGCGUUAAAUGUCAGGCAAAUAAAACAUGGACACAAGGGUCGGGAUGUCAGAUUGUUCGAUGUCCGGAGUUUGUUCUACCACCGAACACAACAUCGAAUGAGUCUCGAAUUAACCGUACGUUUGGGGAUGUGAUAUCUUACACGUGUCAAGACGGCUUUGAAAUGACCGGAACUGACUCAACGAAUUCAAGUCUUACAAAUAGGACUUACGGGGCAACGGUUAUGUAUUCAUGUCAAACCGGGUAUGAACUUAACGGUAAUAUAUCGUCAAUGAUUUGUCAAGCAAACAGAUCAUGGUCGCACAGUUCUUCUUUUUUAUUUGGACGGGUAUACAAGCAGACGAUAAAUGUGACGUGCAACGAUAGUUUCAACCAAGUGGGAAACACGGAAGUCAUAUGCGGUGAAGACGGCACGUGGUCUCCGUCUCCUAGCUGUAUUCAGUGUUCAGGGCUCAACAUACCUAAUGCAACUGUCUUGUAUCAAACAUCCACAAACGCCAGUAUAAGCUGCAUUCAAGGGUUCAAUUUAAAUGGUCCCGCUAUUGUCUUUUGCCAGGAUGACGGAAAUUGGACGGAAGCCCCCAGAUGCGUACCCGUUAACUGUAGUAAUCCCAGUGACCCCCCAUAUGGAACAUUAAAUUAUACGUCAACGUUGCUAGGUGCACGAGCUUACCUGACGUGUGGCGACGGGUUUCAGUUGAAUGGACGUGCUUACCUUGAAUGCGCUGUUGACGGUGGGUGGAAUCAAUCCGGCACUUGUGAACCACGGGACUGUGGAAACUUCAGUAUGCCAGAACACAGUACGGUUGUAGCAAAUGAUGGCACAAAAGUUAAUGCAACUGUUAUGUUCAAUUGUACAGAACGGUUCACGCUGGCUACCAACAGCAGCAAUACAUUAACAUGUUCUUCCAACGGAAGCUGGAUUGGGUAUGUUGAUUGUGUGUCAAAAGUUUGCGAAAUGUUUUCGACACCAAACCAUUCAAUCUUACUUAAUACCACUACUUCUGGCCUCGUCGUUGGAAUAACGUUGAUCAUCGAAUGUAAAUUGGGCUAUUCGUUGCAAGGAUCUGACCGUAUAACAUGCUUGCCGAAUUCAAGCUGGACACCAAUUCCCCAAUGUAAACCGAUCGACUGUGGUGUUUUGCAAGAUCCAGACAAUGGUUUUGCUAACGUCGGUAACACAACUUGGGGUUCUAACGUAACGUUGGAAUGCGAUGAAGGGUUUAAAUUCGUUGGAAGCAAUAGAUCAACAUGCGAAACGACUGGAAACUGGAGUCGCCAUGGCCGAUGUGAAAUUGUUGAUUGUUACAAUUAUACUGUUCCGAAUAAUUGUAACGUAAGCAAAUCAUAUGCUACGACCUUUAAUUCAACUAUAACUGUCAAUGGUAUUAAUGGUUAUGUUAUAUCGAAAAACAGCACAGGAGAAGUUGUGUGCGAUGCAAAUGGUUUAUGGUCUGGCUAUGUUGCAUGCGUUAGAAAUGAAUGUGGUAUGUUUCAAGUUCCAGCAAAUGCAACUAUAUUGAAUUCUACAUCACAGAAAUAUUAUUUCGGGGAUGGUGUAAUCGUCAAUUGUACAAAAGGGUUUGUCUCAGAAAACGACGGGAUAGUCAAAUGCUUAGCAAACGGAACUUGGACUGCACUUCCUACAUGUACACGUAUCAACUGUGGAGAGUUUAAAGUUCUCCCUAAUGGCAUAAUUAACGGGUCGAGUACAUUUGUUGAUUCAGUGGUACUUGUAGGCUGCACCGAAGGCUACAAUCUGAUUGGUAGCAAUACGUCGACUUGUCUAGCAACUGGAAACUGGAGUCAGCAUGGCACAUGUCAAAUGGUUGACUGCGGAAAUUACACUGUACCUGAUAAUUGCACGAUUCAUGGGUCAUACAAUACAACGUUUAACUCGUCUGUGAGGGUUGCUGGUAUUGAAGGAUUUAAGCUAGCAAAUAACGACUCGGGACAAAUUGUCUGUGCCGCCAAUGGAACAUGGUCUAGGUAUGUUGCAUGUGUAAGAAAAGAGUGUACUACGUUUGUUGCUCCGCCGUAUGCAGAACAAAAGAACGCAUCUGUGUAUUUCUAUGGUGAUAACAUAAAUAUUACAUGUUUGAUGGGGUACACGUUGGUAGGAAAUGCAGUUGUGCGAUGUCAAGCAGACGGCAACUGGACGCAAAUACCAACCUGUACGAAAGCUGCUUGUAACCCAAUUAUAAUUGAACACGCAAACAUAUCCUUCAAUCAAGACUAUUCCAAUGCAACCGUCGCAUGUUUUGACAACUAUGCAGUGGUUGGAUCUUCACAACUGACGUGCCAAUCAAACGGCAACUGGACAGAUAUUCCGUCCUGCAACCUCACGCAUUGUCCAAAGUUGCCUUUACCUGAUAACGGUGUACUAAAUUCAUCAAAGUCAGAAAUAGGAACAUCUGUUUCCAUGAAUUGUACCACAGGCUACGAACCCGAUGGGGAUAGCAUCAUCACGUGUUUACGUAAUGGGUCAUGGAGUUCAAAUAUAACAUGUACCCCAGUAGAUUGUGGCAAAUAUGACGAAGGUAAUAAUCGCAAAUUUACACUCACAAAUGGAACAACUACAUUCAAUAGCUCGCGUGAAGUCACGUGCGCUGCGGGACUUGCACACACCGCUGAUUCAGCCACAUCUGUCAUUUGUGCUGCGAACGGAUCAUGGGUUGGGACGCCCAAUUGCAGUAUUCCAGGUUCGAUAGCGUUUUCGAAAUCAGAUUACGUAUUUACUAUUGGGGAAGAACGUAAAAUAAGCUGUAGCGUGACCCAGUAUCCUAACUGGCAGAUCGUACGUAUCAUGACCGGUACUGUGAACGAACCAGUGUCUGUGUUCAACAUUUCCAACCAAACAGGGGUAGUGCGGAACACAUCUUAUAAUCAAGGCCGUACUAGCUUUAUUCUUCGGAGCGACGGAUUGGAUAUUGAUGUGAACCUAAACCCUGUUAACUGCUCCGAUGAAGGCAUAUAUUUUGGCGUACUGGUUGUUGGUGACAACGUCGAUGUUAAGGGUACUAACACAGAAAUUCGACUACGAGCCAACUCAUCCACGCCACAGAUUAUUGUUCCAGAACAGAUACUUGCUGGGAGGAACUUCAUUAUUACUUGUUCUGGAAACGCUGGAAGACACACUUCCGGGUAUUUUGGACGCAUUAUACUUGAAGGAAAAAUAAAUGGGACCGGACCUUUCACAGUAGUUAACGGCACCAAUAAUACCAAGUGCGACGGCUACUCAACAUUGACAGCCACUGUUGCAGUCGAGCCUGUUGCGUUUGAGAAUGCGUCCUACACGUUUACCGUUGGGGAGAACGCAAACCUUACAUGUGGAGUGGCUAACAUGCCUGAUUGGGCAGAAAUCUACAUAGGCAGAGCUUCGGAACAACCUUUUGCAUCAGUCACUAGAGGGUCAAACCAGGAUUUCCAGAAAAACCCAGACUGA